CAGCGACUUCACUCGGCUUUACCACUGCAGCCAUCUUGCACACCGCGCCGAGCGCGAAUAAACGCUGAAAUUCGGUUUGUUAGCUCGUCGCAAACCACGUUAUUGUUCCACCAAACGUCCCAUUGUGGGAUUCCGAAUCGGAACAGCCAUCGUACUGUCGUAAACAUGCCGGCAUCGAUGAAAUAUUUGAUGAAAACUUUUUUAUCUCCAGUACGAUGUUGUUCCGCCUCAUGCAUCCCCUGGAAUGACAGCUGAAGCCAUUGGUUCCGCCUUUUACCGGGCGCUGCAGCCAAUCACAGCGCUCACAGGCUCCUGCUCGGAGACGUCGAGCUGUUCUGCGCAGGCGCAUGUCAGUUGGUAAGCACCUCGCUGUACAGAAGCUCGCAGGAGUGUGAAGAUGGCGGUUGGCUCCGGCCCGCUGGAUAAGCCGUUUUCACACACAGGGCUGAAUAAAGCGGUAGUUUGUCAUCCUUUACGGUCUGUAGACUCACAACUGUCGUUCUUGUGUCACAACAACCACUGGGGUAGGCACCAGGCAGCCGCUAAUUACAUGGCUAUAGUUCCGGGACAAGGGGGUAGCUCGAGCUAAUGUCCAGCUGGGACUUGGUCAAGACGAUUGCUGAAGCAGGUACGCUGUAACUACUAAUGUUGUUUUCCUCUUUGUCUCUCCGAGUGUACACGAUAAACAAGCGCCGGAGCUGACACAGACAAGCAGUAGAUGUGCCAUAGUGUUGCCCCAUCACAUUUAGGAUUGUUUGUGCUCCUUGUUAAACAAGUUGAAGUGCGGGGGGUCUGUACAUAACGAGCUCCCCAUGGUUCAGCUAUGGACGCAUCGACGGCCAGCACGGACUCCGCUACGGGACACGACCCUGGCAGCAAAACACUUGUUGUUAGCGGCGGUGCAACUUUCCUCCCUAAUCACCAGGGGAAAGUAGGCUCACACUCAGCGCAGACUUUCAAUGGGAACCAAACUAUGAACUCUCACAAUUCAGGAAGCGCUGCCCCUCCAGGGGGGACGACAGUGACAAGUGGCUCCAGUAACAGCAGCAGCCCUGCGAUGUCUGUCACGGCUGUCACCAGCGGACCGGUGUUGUCCAAAGGGCCGGCCGCUGCCUCGGUUCCCCCCUUGGCCAACACUGUCAUCCAGACGCCGCUCAUGAACUCGCAGAGUGUUGUGGCUUCAGCUCAGACGACCGGAGCCACCGUGACGCUCGCCAGGCCGCCUAUGCAAACCGCGGGGUCGGGUGCAACUUUGAAUGGGAACAACACUGCGAGCCCCGGUGUGGCUGUCAGUGCAGCAGGUGUCGGCGCUCAGACUCCGCUUGUAAACAAUAGCCAGCCGUCCAACUCUGUGUCUGGUUCGCACAUCAUCAAGGCAGAGCCACCCACAACUAUCAUACAGGCAGCACCGCAGCCUGCAGCCGGAGCCGCCAGUGCUCCCCGGACUCCCGUGUCGGUGGCUGCCGGUGCUGGAGGGAUCCGGGCCCUGACGCCCCAGAUGUUGGCCCCCAGGCUCCCCCAGACCUCUCCGGGACAGCCCAGUGUACAUAACAUCCAGCUCCCUCCGGGGAUGGUACUUGUACGCAGUGAGAGCGGACAGCUGCUGAUGAUUCCUCAACAGGCUCUGGCCCAGAUGCAAGCCCAGGCCCAGGCGCAGGGAGGCAUGGCACCUCGGACCACUACACCCACAAAUGUGCCUCCAAGCCAGGCUCCUGGAAACACCAUCAUCAGCAGACAAGCGUCUUCCAGCACCAUCAUCCGACAGGGCUGCCCAACCCCAACGUCACUCGCUGCGACCACCACUCUUCACAGACCUCCGAUCCUUCCGAGCACAGUUGGGGCCGCAGUACCAGGAAUUACCCCUAGGACAGUCAGCCAAACAACUGGGGCUACAGUUACCUCAGUAACAUUGAGUAAAGAGACAAUGGAGAAUGUGAAAAAAUGUAAAAACUUUCUGUCUACAUUGAUUAAGCUGGCAUCCAGUGGGAAACAGUCCACAGAGACUGCAGCCAGUGUGAGAGAGCUGGUCAAGGACCUGCUGGAGGGCAAACUGGAAGCUGAAGAAUUCACCAGCAGAUUGUAUAAAGAGCUCAACUCCUCACCCCAACCUUAUCUUGUGCCUUUCCUCAAGAGAAGCCUUCCGGCCUUGAGGCAGCUCACCCCAGACUCUGCAGCUUUCAUCCAGCAGAGUCAGCUCCCCCAGCCAGCCUCAGGUCCAGCCUCUUCCACCUCACCCACCCCCACCACCGUGGUACUGGGCAGCCCGGCCCCUCGACCUACUGCUCCAAUCAGUAGGCCUCAACUCCAGCCAGGCCUUAACAAACCAGGACAGACGGCCUCACUGAUUCUCCAGCCUCAGCAACAAAGAGCAAUGCUGAGACCUCAGGUAACUUUACCAACGACCCCCAUGAUGAUCAGGAAUCAGGUCCCUGGUCGCAUCAUGCUGGGACAGCAACAGGUGCAGCUUAAAGAGCUGCAGCCGGUUCCUUUGAGGCCAGAGGUGUCAACUGUUUCCAAACAAAUCUCUGCUGCAGCCUUGACUUCGGCUCAAAAGAACAAGUUGAAAGAGGCGGGUGGUACUUUCAAAGAUGAUGAAGACAUCAAUGACGUGGCCUCGAUGGCCGGAGUGAACCUAUCAGAGGAAAGUGCUAAUAUCCUAGCCACAAAUUCCAGACUCGUGGGAGUGGUGACACAUUCCUGUAAGGAUGAGGCUUUUCUCUCGUGCGCUAUGCUGCAGAGGAGAAUGCUGGAGAUAGGUAAGAAGUAUGGAGUGACAGACCUGGGCGUGGAGGUGGUGAACUAUGUCUCCCAUGCUACUCAGCAGCGACUCCAGAACCUGCUUGAAAAAGUCUCAGAAGUAGCGCAGCAGAAAAACAUCACUUUCAAGGAAGAUGACAACUAUGAGCAGAGCAGUGAUGUUCGCGUUCAGCUCAAGUUUUUUGAGCAGCUGGACCAGUUAGAGAAACAGCGAAAGGAGGAACAGGAGAGAGAGAUCCUCCUGAAAGCAGCUAAGUCUCGAGCUCGGCAAGAGGAUCCAGAGCAGCUGCGUCUGAAGCAGAAGGCAAAAGAGAUGCAACAACAGGAGUUGGCCCAGAUGAGACAGAGGGAGGCCAACAUGACGGCUCUGGCAGCCAUCGGCCCCAGAAAGAAGAGGAAGAAUCUGGACUCUCCAUCCUCCUCUGCUUCAGCUGAGGGAUCAGGAACAGGUCCCUCUCUGUCUGGUGGACCUGGUUCUUCAGGAUCCAGACCCACACGGCAGCGCAUCACACGUGUCAAUCUCAGGGACCUGCUCUUCUGUUUGGAGAACGAGAGAUUCACCAAUCGCUCCCAUUUCCUCUACAAGGGCUUUCUCAAAUAGGCUUGAUGUCAGAGCAGAGAGGGGAGGAGGGGUAGAAGAGAGGGGACAGGGGGGCAUUGAAGAGUGUGAAGAGACCAACAGCUUCCACCACAGAGAACAUAAGAGACUCUUCAAAGCAAAAAGGAGGAGAGAGGCGACAUGGCGCUUUUUGAGGUAAACCUGACAACCUGAAAUACAAUAGUAGCCAUACUGGAUGGCCUCUCUACCUCCCUCCCCAAAUAAGACCUAUUUUCUUUUACAGCAGUCACUGACUGAUGCCCCUUUUUUCUCCCUGUACAACUUCUUUGUCAAGAUGUUGCAAAAUUAGUUUUAUGAGGAAGGUUGCUUUUGUAUGAACAAAUGUACAAUUAUGCACUGUAACAUAGUACAGUUUAUUUUCUAAAUAUUUUUGUGCACAUUAGGCUUUCAAGCAAUGAAAAUCAUGUUUUAUUAGACCACCGACUCAUUUUAUUGAAUAAUAAUUUUAUUUUUGUUCUUGUCAGCUGAAUUAGUUUGAACUCCAAACUAUGUAACCUACUGAGUUGCCUUCCUAACUAUGAAUAAGCCAUACAACCAUCCCUAAGCAAUUAACCAUGCUGUAACUCAUGAAGCCGUAGCUCACCCUUUAUCUGUCAUCUCCAUUACUUUACUUGAUUUUUUUCCACCAUAUUUAUUUACUAAAUUUAAGCUUCAAAUGAAUGUUUAGUUAUUUAUUUAAUUUCAUGUGACAGCUGUUUCAUGUAGCUUAAAUUCAAAACAAAAUGUGCAUUAGGAAUGCAUAGGAAUGUUGAAAUUAGUGUAUAGGUUUCAGUGUGUGACAACAGGUUUGCUCAUUGUUUCUUUUAAUCUGUCAAGUUGUUACUUUGAAUUUAGUUUUACAUGUGAUUUCUAAAACUUCUACAGGUUUUAAAAGGCUUUUAACCUGUAUUGCUAUACCAAACAUACAUCUACCUGAAACUCUAUUUUUGUAGCUACCCACCAACACACAUUUUUACUCUUCUAAUAGUGACUGACAAUGUCCUCCAAUCAUUUCUUUACCUGCUUAUAUUUUGGUGUGCGACUGGACUGCCCUUUAGGUUUAUAAUAUCUAUGACAUAAGAAACUGGAGUUUCUUCCUGUAUAUUUGUAAAUGUUACACCUAAAGUUUUACAUGCAGUUUUGUAUAGAUUUGAGAAUUUAUGCAUACAGAAUUACAAAAAUCACAUUUUCUCUAUUGAAAAGUUUGAAUAAAUAAUGAUUUUACAGUAACUGA